AUGGAAAUUUUUGCAUUUGUACCAUUAGCAGUGUUAACAGCAUUAUGUGUUGUUAUUUCACUCUUUGUUAAAAGAGAGAAAUUAGUAGUUUUCUGGUUAUUAUGGUCAGGUUUAAUUCACAUUAUCUUGGAAGGUUCAUAUGGUUUCUUUGCACAUGAAGUCACCAAAGCAUCAACUGUUUCAUUCACAGAGAAAAUGUUAGAAUUAGUUCCAUUAGAGAAUGCAUGGAAUCCACAUUGGUACGCUCAAUUAUAUUCACAAUAUGCUAAAUACGAUUUACGUUACGCUAUUCAAGAUCCAAUGGUAGUUUUCUUUUGUUUCUUGGAAUUGGUUCAAGGUGCAGCAUGUUUCCUUUUAGUUAUCUGUGUUAUUAAACAAGCAAGAAUUCGUCACGCUCUUCAAAUCUUUUUAUGCUCCAUUCAAGGUUUAGGUACAGUUUUCUACUUUAUCACUCCAUACAUCUAUGGUCUUUGGGAACAACAAAUCUCCUCUGAUCCAUUUGAACUCUGGGUUUACGUCGUUGGUCUCAAUGGUCUUUGGUUAUUAGUUCCAAUCAUUUUAACCAUUCAAUCUUUCAUUGCAAUUAAUAAACAAUUCUCAAUUGUUGAAUCAACUACUAAAGAUGCUAAAUUCAUUUCAAGAAAACCAAAAACUGCUUAA